AUGAACAGACUCACCUUCCUAAAGCGAGUGUUUGCUGCAGGCUCGAUGUCGGACGAUGUCAGCGACGAAGAAGUGGUUACCCUCAAACAAGGUCCCCAGGAUGAUUCUGGGGGGGAUGAUGACGCGGACAACGUGGUGAACCUGGACGAAAUGCUCGGCUUCAUGCAGCAGCUCAAGCAGAGCGGAGUGACCCUCACGGCCAAGGGACGGGGCAAGAAAAAGCUUGCUUGUCUCAGUAAGAUGCUGCAAGACAACGGUGCUGGGCCAUCUACAUCUCGUGGCACAGCGCUAGACACAGAGGCACCUACUGAUGCAGCAGCAGCUGCUAUCAGUGCACCAGCAAUCACUGCGGCAACAACCACUCCGGCUAUGGCGGCGGCGGCGCUCACUAGUGCGCCUGCCGCCGCGACGACCGUGACAACCGUAGACGACGCAACUACCGUGACUUCUCCUGCCGCUAUACUCACUGCAUCGAUUGCUGUUUCCACGCCUGCCGAUCCGGCGACAUCAGUUCCAAGUGCCGCUGCUGUCAAUGCUGCCUCAGACUCCCCAACUGCGCCGCUUCCUGCACCAUCAUUAGCUGUGGAAGAAGAAGCUGCAACCGCGAUUUUUGACGGAUCUGUCGUCACCGCCCCUGCUGCCGCAACUGCAAACGCCGCAGCAUAG